GCGUUCGGCCACAUGCGUGUUAGCACUAUUUUUACCCGACUCACUCGUCUAUCAUUUAUUCCGUUAAUGAUGAAUAAAACACUAUGGACGUUAUCACAAUACUUAUUAUUAAACCCAUUUGGCGUACAUAAACUUUCUUUUAUUACAGCUUUGAUAGAGCACACAUUUUUGGCGGUAAUUCCGUCGUUAGACUUUUUACUUUUUUUACUACUUAUAUAUCUACACGGCGGACUAAGGUGUAUUUGCACGUUGUCCUAUCGGAGCGCCGCUUGCGGCGUUUGCCUGAACCGUGUAUGCGGUACCGUUGUCCUAGGUGCUGACGCCACAGCACUCACUAUGGCGGUGUCAUCUAACAGUCGCCGCUGGCGGCUCACGCACUCACGAUGGUCGGAACCUCUUGUUCGCUUCGUCGCAUAAUGCCGUCGUAAGAAUGAAUAUCGGCUUAAAGAUUCUACGAGGCGCAAGCGGAGGAGGAUCCCACAAUGAGAAUCCAGCUUGAAGAUAUAUACUAUUUCACUCUAGAAUCCAUCUUAAUUCAUUGCUUUUACGAAUAUAACUGACAACCGUUCCAAUUCGAAGCAGUAAUUAUCCAUCUAGGUUUCCGACUGAUAACACGAUCGAUGCUCUGACUUGCUCUGUCUCGAAUAGACUUGACUCGUUUCAAUUCGUUGGAUUCGGUGGUGCUUUGUAGUGGUUCGUGUGGAUUUCGCUCCUUGAUAGAUGUUAAAUAUGCGGUUGCUGUUGGUUUGCAUUCAAGGUGCGUGCUAUGCGUGACAGAAACGAGUAGUAAUGACGUUUGGCAUCACUGAUUUCCUUAUUUUCCUAGAUGCGCAUUGCGAGGGCAACAGUAAAACCUGGUGGAAAUUAAAGGGAAGAUAGCUGUACUUAGAUUGAAUUUAAAUGUAUUGACGAACUACAAGGUAUCGAAGAUCAUGACGGAGAGCCUUGUAAUGGAGUGGCUCGCCGAUUGUGCAGAUCUGUCGCCUUCUGAGCUUCACACAUUUGCCAGUACACUGUCUGAAGACAAUGAGAUAGUCAGAGCACUCUAUGUACUCUUAGAAGAGCGGAGCAAGUAUAGUCAGCUAAUUGAUACUGUUUGCAAUCAGUUAUUUAGCUUUUAUCGGUCACGAGAGUUGGAACUGCAGAGAUUUACUCUGCAAUUUCUGCCAACACUAAUAUAUAUUUAUUUAAAUGCUAUUGCUCAUGGUGAUAUCAAGCAGAACUGUCGCACGGUGGAAACGCUUCUCAUAGGAUUAUAUAAUUUGGAAGUUGUGGACAAAUCCGGACAACCAAAGGUAGUUUCUUUCAGACUACCGUCUCUUGCUAUGUCAUCGGUUUAUCACGAGCCAAUGAGUUUGGCGCCAGCGUCAUUAACAGAGAGCGCAGUUCGACGUUUCGAAGAAUGCAAUUCAAAACUUGUCUGCUGGGGGCCUGUACAACAGGUGGAAAUUCUUAAUGCUCAGAACCGAUUAAAAGUUAUGACUGGACUACUCUUUAUUUACAAUCAACAACUUGGUUUCAUACCAAAGUCUGCCCUGGAGCAAUUAUGCAGAGUUGCAACAAAACUCGUCACUCAAGGAUUCAUGAAACCAGGUCAUCAUCAACGAUCAUCUUAUGGCAGUGAGUCUAGCUUUGUACCUAGACUUCUACCUCGUAUACCUGUAUCGAGUCAAUUUCUUCUAGAGUUUCUUCACGCGGUAUACUUUGCAAUGUACAAUGACUGUUGGUACAUAGCGGGACAAGCUGUGGAGGACGUUCAUAACCGAGCUUGCUAUGAAGGAUACCCAGAUGUGAUGUUAGUGACAAAUGCGAUACGUAAUUCCAGUAGUUCUGGUCCAUCAGGAAUAACAGGUGACAGUUCAAUGGGAGUAGGUGUCGCAUUAUCACCUGCUACUGGUGGGGCACCAGUGUCCAAAUCCAUGAUUACCAAUGCAUCAUUCAGGACCAAAAAGUUACCAGAUGACAUUCCGAUCCAAGUGGUGAAGGAUGAUGCAGAUGCUGGAGAUGGCAAGGGUAAUCUAGUGUCCAUAACUGAGGAAUAUGAGACUGAGGAAACAACCAGGAUGGGAUCAACCCGCCAAUCCAAAGAUCAGAAAUCAGAAAAGUCCAGUUCCAAAAUGGGAAGCUUCCCUGGCCUCGGGAAAAAACCAAAAGAAAAGGAGACCAAAUCAACCAAAAAUGGUUACGUGAGUACGGGUGACAAAGAGAAGAAAAUGACCUCGCAAACGUCGUCAAAGGAGAAUAUCAAGGGCAGCAAGUCGGUGCUUAAUGGUGAGCCUCAAGAAAUCGAUGGCAGUGGGAAUGGAUUAGCCAUUAGGAAGAAAACUAUCAACGAGGGCAAUACUAGCUCCUCAGAAGCAAAUGUGCCCCUUAUGGAAGUUGAAAGAUUGGCCUUGACAUCAGAUGUCAUUGAUAAUAUUGGCAUGGAUCAAAGUAUCAAUAUGCGAUCACACGGUGAGUCAGAACCUAUGACGUCAUCGGUGCAGGUUAGCUCGGUUUGAUUUAGUAUUGCUUGACAGAAUGGAGCUGAGAAAAUAGUAAGAUUUAAUAAAAAAAAAAAUGAAGAACCGUUAAUUCUUCGAUCAAAUCUGGGUUAGAGCAAAACGGUAAUAACACAAUUAUAUCUUACCGUAAAUAUAUCAAUGAGGAGCUGCUAAAUCCCAAGUACCUGAACUUCAGGUUCAUUGUGGGACUUGCUGUAACUAGUAUUUACAAAUAUUAAGGAUAAUAGCCCUCAAACAUGUUGAUAGUAAUGGUACCACUGAGUAAACAGAGGAAACUUAGCUGAUAUCGAAGGAAGAUGAAGAGAAUGUUGCACUGAAACAUGGUUCAAGAAUAUAAGCAGAAGGUAGAUACUUUCUAGAAGAGUCUGGGAAUUAGUAAACAAAUAUAUUAACAAUCAGAAAUAACAACGUUAAGAAGUUAACACUGGACCCAUGGAAUCCAAUAUAGCACUUCUAGAAACUAGUAGGAUAAUUCCGACAUUAAAUGUCAUUAAUAAUGGAUAAUAUUAAAGAAAAUGUUAUACGAGCAUGCGAGAGUGAAUCUCUCGUGACUUUGAUACAGGAUUUGGUUUCUUGUCUCUUUGUGACAUAAAAGAUCAAGCAAAUGAUGUCUCGUCAGAGAUUAAGCAGGAUCAUUGAAAUCGUCAUUCGCCUUAAGGAUUAGAAAAUUCCUUUUCAAAAGGAUUAUACGUUUGAAACAACUACAUGUAUUAGUGAUAACUUUUAAGGCUGGUUUCAAGUUCAAAUAACACUUUUAAGGAAUUGUACGAAUUUAAAGAUAUAAUUUCUCUGGCAAUAUGCAUUGCGAUUUGGAAUUAAGUUAAUCAGUUCUUGUACCAAUUACUCAAACAAUGUGAAGAUAUACGUCGAUGAGAAAUUGUUAAAAAAUACUUAAGUGCUAGAAAUAUUUUCGAUUGUGAAAUAACUAUGAAGCAGCACAGUAUUUGUAUAAGAAACAUUUAUCAGAAAGCGUCCAAUAAUUGAAAGUACCUACUUUUCAUUAUUAUGGAAAACUUUUUGAAAUAAUACAUGUAAAUUUCUCUGAAGAAUUUUUCUUUAUAUCUUUAGUGUUGCCAUUAACAAUUUCUCAUCGUACAAACGAUUUGAAGCUUUCAAUCUAGACUUCUGUUUACCUUCUGUCAAACAAAAAUCACAAAAGUGCAACAGAAGCACUACAUCAAUCACUGUAUUUAACUUGACCAAUUCAAAUGUUCUUGAGACGCAGAGUAAAUUCGUCAGUUUUAAACUGCUCGAAUUGUCGAGAUUUGACUUCUCUGCAAAAUCACUGCCAUCCGAUGUAGUUUAGACAACUUUGAGACAACUGUUUUUCGCAAACACGAGUACUCAAUGACUUUUACAUUUCAAAAACAAACCACUGAAACAUUACAGCUUACAAUAACAAUGAAUCACUUGAUUCGGUCAGAGAUUGAAGUGCAUUUCUUAAACGCUACUCGGCUGGAAACUAAUGAAUGAUACAAGGAAAUCACAGUGAUGGAUACUGGUAAUUUUCUCGUUAAAGUAAUGGAUUAUUUAACAGUACUUUCUGUGUGGACAACAAUAUCAAUGAGAAAAAUAGUAUAAAUUUAGAGAAUACAGGAAUAUGUACAUACAUAUAUAUUAUAAUAAUAGUUCUGAACCUAUCGAAAGCAAUCCGAUACUUAUUCUCCAGAAUGUCAUAUGAUGUUAAAUGACAAAUAAGUAUAUCCAUAUGUGUGAGUACCUAUACUAAAGAAUGUAGACGUUUGAAGGUGAUUUUUGGAAAACUACUAAUAGUUGAGUAAUCUAGAUCAUACUACUGAAUAACGGCAAGUAACUGUGUACAUUGAAAUUAUCCCCAUACUCGAGACUCACGCGAUCUUAGAGUUUUACGUUUAAAUCAAUAGAAAAAUAUCAACGAUUAAUGUUAAAUAGAUUAGUUUAUAAGUUAACUUUUAUAUGUUUCUUUUUUCAUUUUUAUGGACUAAUUGAUUUUAGAGACCAGGUGCUCGUAUACCCUUUACUACUAUUAGAAUAAUCCAUAUACACCUUUACAUGAAUGUUGUACAUUCUCUCCCUUAAUUAUAAAUAUCGAUUGCCAAUGGAUGUUAAUUGUUCAAAUUGUCAAUAUGUAUAUAAAAUGGAACAACAAUGAAAAUGAAGUGAAUAAUCGUUAGUAGUGUCUACGUUGUGUGCCGGCGAUAAUUAUUUAUUAUAUCUUUUAUACUUUACAGUUUAAUCAAUUCUUUUAUCUUUCUCAAAACCUAGAAUGUUAAUAACGCCGAUAGUCUUUGAAUGAUCUCAAAUAAGAGUUUUACUGAUGUUAAUUUUUGAAUGAUCUUUUAUUAUUUAUAGUUUAGAUUGGUGGCGCUUUUUAUAAUUAAUUAUAAUUUAUCUUACUUUUAAUAUAUACAAAUAUUUAAUUGGGAAAAUUAAUAAAACAAAUAUUUGAAAGCUCAGCAUAAGUUAAGUAAACAAAUAAUAAAUAGAUCAUUUUCCUUACCACAAUCACUCACUUCAAUCUCAUUGAUAAUUUGUUUGCUAUGAAUAAUUUGAAAGUAACAGUUCCCAAAAUUAAAUUAGUCACUGGAUUGCUAACGCUUUACAAGUUUGAUUUAUAUUCUAUUCCAACAAUGAAUACCAAUCGCAAUUUUUAAAACGACCCAUACAGUACCUUUUCAUCUAUUUAUUUAUAAUUAAAAAAUAAAUAAUGUGCAAUAAGAUCGUAAAGGUAAUGGCUGCACUUUGUGUUUAUUAUUAAAUUAAUGCGUAUUACAAGAAUAGUAUUAGUUAAAUAAAGUUACACUGAACAAAGUUAUCCUUUAAAGGUACGUAACAGGUUCUAAUUUAUAAUUUUGAAGCCACAGUCAUUCCAUUAUUUCCAUUUAAUCAUUUUACUCGAUUAUACAUUCAUUAAGUCAUUGUAACAUAUUUCAUCAUUAAUGUAAAAACGUAAAAAAUAUAUAGAGUAUUAAAUAUUCUUGUUAAGGUUAAUUGCUUUUCAUUAAAUUCUCCAAUAUCUCAUUAUGGAAUAUAUUCUAUAUUAUUUUUACAUUUCUGUUUAAUCGAUUUGUGAUAAAAAACACAAUGACACUACAUUUUCUAUAGUUCUGCAAUUUGCUAAGAUCAAAUGUUCCAUCAAUGAUAUAAAGUUGACAAUUUCAACAAAAGUUGUGUUGCUGGAAUUAUGAAACGGACUACUCAAUAAUAUGUAUACAUAAUGUUAUUAAAAAUAUAUAUAUAUUGUAAAGAGAAUGUAAAAAACUACUGUUAACACAACAUUAAGCAAUAAAUUAUUCUAAAA